GAAUGAGCUAAGAAAAAACAAAAAAACAAAAAAAAAAAAAAAUUCAAACGAAAAGACUAAAAAAAGAUUGAAAUAAAAACCUUUAACACAGGUUAUGCACAUAUUGUUACAUAACACAAGUACUACACUGCCAUACAGUUGCCAUACAACACUACCUAUUAAGCAUUUGUAAAAGCAAUUUGUAUUUUUGUGAAGCAGCGUUUUACAAUGAACGAACAAUACAUUAGGGUGACCUACUUUCGCCAAUUUUUCAUAGACCAAUAUUACUUUUGCGCGGCUUAUACUGCAUUACACUAGAUUCAUCCAACUUCUAGCAACCAUGAACGCCUACAAGAUUGAUUCUGAAGCAAUAUUCUGAAUUUUACAGACUAGUUUAAGUCGAUUCAAAAAGUUGCCCGAUAAUGAUUCGAUCGAAAAGUAUAUCUAUCUCAAGCGAUUUUGUGUAGCAUGCAUCCGCAUCAACUUAAUUUGCCCUUGUGUGUGUGGGGUCAAUGCCUUUCACUAAACAAAGGCUGGUCGUUUCAGUGAUUGUUUUUUCUGAACUAAAAUUUAGCGCAGUUACACUAUUUGUCACACUGCCUCCAGGAAUGGCAGCCUUUCCGGCAUGUGUUAACGAUUUACAUAAACAAUUCUUUGCUUUUUAAUAUAUGCCGGAGGCAUAGGCACGCGACUUGCAAUCGAUUUCGCUCCUAAUAAAGCUUGAGUGUCGUAGUGGUAGAGCUAUUUAGUAUAGCAUCAGGCAGCCCAAAAUGAUUCACGACUUCUGUGGCGGUUUUAGCGGAUCUCUGCUUAGUGGCGGACCAUCAGUUUCUGUCCGCAGGACACCUCGCCAACAGGUGCAAUAUCCCUGCCAAGAUGCUUUACAUAUUUUUCAACUUCUGCCACAGGGAUACGAUCAGUGUCCCAUCAGAUAGGCUUAUCUUCCACAAACAUUUCUCUUUUUUUUGGACAAAUUUGUAGGCAAACAGAGAGCUUUGCUUGAACUUACACUAGCAAGCCUCUGCUUUUCAGAAAGGAUGCGGCAAUAGAGAUCUUACGAUGGGCUGCUUACUUCCGCGGCUGCCAUUAGGUCGUCUGCUCACGCUAGACCCUUAAGUGCCAUGCUCCCGAAUAUCAUUAUUCUCGUAGCGAUCCUCUCGUCCAAGAAAAAAUAGAAAAAAAAUUUUCAAAGAAAUGGUUUUUGUUUUUAAAGGCUGAUGGCAGUCAAUUUUAUCCCCUUAAGGCAAGUUUAGUUUCCUUUUGCUCUUCGUUUCUUUUUUUUUUUUCGUGCUACAUCUUUCUCAAAAUACUGCUUUCCUUUAAAUACCUUUAGACACGUUAACAAUUCCACCUGAAGGUAUAUUUUUGUUCGCAGUAAAGAUGACUACAUAUAAAAAAUUUCUCCAUUUAGUAUAGUCAGCCAGGUAUUGUUUAAAUAUUCUUAUUGUUUAUAUACAUGUGUGUAUGUAUGUUGAUUAAAUUACUAACGUGAAUUUGUGUUCAUACAGCAUACAAUAAAGUCUCAUUUAUGGUCGAUGCAGUACAACAACGGAAACGUUGUUAUUUCUCUGCAUAUGUAUAUUCACAUGGACGCGAAUAUCAAAUAGAUAGUGAUGUUUUCGAUGAAAUUGAUUUAUCUGAUGUUUGCACAGCCGAGUGUAGCAUUAAAAACGUAAAUCAUAGCUUUCAGGUAAUUACUCCGACACGAUCUUUGGUAUUGUGUGCCGAAACUAGACGCGAAAUGGAAGAUUGGCUAGGAUCGUUAAAGAGUGCAGCUAUACCACCGCGAUCGCGUGGCGAUAGCUUUUUCAUAGAGCAACAAGAAAUUUUUGCGAAUCAUCAUCACUGGUACGCUACUUCUCAUGCUCGACCGACUUAUUGUAACGUGUGCCGUGAUGCUUUAUCCGGUGUCACUUCGCAUGGCUUGUCGUGUGAAGUUUGCAAAUGUAAAGUUCAUAAACGUUGUGCGGCCAAAGCAAUUGCCAACUGCAAGUGGACAACUCUAGCUACGGUCGGUAAAGAUAUCAUCGAAGAUGGUGACAGUAGUAUUAUAAUGCCACAUCAAUGGAUGGAGGGUAAUCUUCCGGUAUCAGCUAUGUGUGCCGUGUGUAAAAAGACUUGCGGUUCGGUACUACGUUUACAAGAUUGGCGUUGUUUAUGGUGCCGCGCAACGGUGCAUGUGGCCUGUCGACCACAAAUGAUUGUAGCUUGCCCUCUAGGUCCAGCGAAGCUCUCGGUGGUGCCGCCCACUUGCGUGCAUUCAAUUGGAAAUGAUGAUUCAUGGGAUGUGGCCAGCCCUAAAGGGAAUUUUUCCCCUCUGCUAGUAUUUGUAAAUUCCAAGUCGGGUGAUAAUCAAGGAGUUAAGUUUCUCAGACGCUUUAAACAGUUGCUAAAUCCAGCUCAAGUAUUUGAUUUAAUUUCGACCGGACCAAGCUUAGGUUUACGCUUGUUUCGACAUUUUGAAAUGUUCCGUAUACUUGUGUGUUCCGGCGACGGGUCAGUGGGUUGGGUUUUAAGUGAGAUAGAUCGCUACAGUAUGCAUAAACAAUGCCAAGUGGCUGUCUUACCAUUAGGGACAGGUAAUGAUUUGGCCCGCGUUUUAGGCUGGGGCUCGUCUUGUGAUGAUGAUGCUCAUUUGCCGCAGAUUCUUGAACGUUACGAAAGUGCCAGUACCAAAAUGCUAGAUCGUUGGAGUAUUAUGGUAUUUGAGAAAGCCGUUUCUGUGCCCUCUAAAACGCCAAAAAUGUCUUUGUCAUCGGAACAAGAAGCCUUACUCACCGGCAUGGUAACCUCGGCCAAUCAGAAUUUACGCUCUAUUGUAGAAACUGAUGAUCUGCAUAUUUUAAUGCUGUCGACCAAAACUCUUUGUGAAACUAUUGACGAUUUGUUGGAACGAAUGUGUGAGCAUCGUAAAAGCGAUGAACAAUUGACGGUAAAAUGCGACAUCCUAAGACAAAAGCUUAACAUGUUACUCGAUGCAUUAAAAGAAGAGGAAAGUGGCGUUCAUAAUGGCGAUGAUUUGAUAUCCACUAUUAGCAGUAUUAUAGCGCAAAGUGCUCCAUCAUCGCCGGCGAGAUCAGCUUCACAAACGUCAUUGUUAAAUCCGAACAUAUCUAUUGAAAAGGAUGAGAAAGAUCUUCUUAAUUUCGAAGAGCGUAGAAAUAGCCGUUCAUUACGUUGCAAUGAACGUGAAGCUUUGCAGAGUCGCGCUAACAGCGUUAAACGUGCUAUUUAUAAUGUGGUAGAGCACUCGGAACCGGGGCGUCCCAAACGUUAUCAACGUCGUCUGUCAGUUACUCCAUUUGAAGCUUUGAAAAUUCCCACAGCAACUUCAAGUGAUUCCACUCCUUGUACCUCACCGUUACCUAACAUACCACCAAUUAAUAUAAUUUCGCCAACUAUGGAAACCUCACGUCUCACUUGUAUAUCUCCGCUACCCGAUGCCAGACGAGAGUCGUUGGAUGAUUUCUUUAAUACUAUAAGUCUACCGGUGCCCAGACAAUUUGCUGAUAGUCGACGUAGUUCUGGGAUACCUGAGGCCAUACAAGAGUUGGAAGAGAAUGCCAACGGUGACACUAAUCAUCAAACGAAAAGAUUAGCUUCAACGGGAGGAAUGAAUUUCGAUAAGGGCGGUUAUCAUUUAUCACCCACCGAUGAAAUGGUAACUACGCCAAACGAGAGGAAUUUCCUCACCGUUCCAAUAGUUACCAAUGAACCACGUCUUUGGGAUCCCCUAUCCGAUUUUCGACCAAUAGAAGUCUUUGAAAGAAAUUAUUACAUGACACGUCACAUACAAGAUGAAAAGCAAACCUCAGUUACUACGAAAGAGAUGAUGGAUAAUGGUUUGGAGGACUAUGAGGAAAAUGAUUUUAAAGCUGACAAAGAUGAUGCAUGUUCGAUACAACUGGAAGUAUCAAACGUUGCUGCAAACCCCAUAGCUAACAAUGUGUAUACAAGCGAGAACAUCACUAUAAUUGAUACCGAUGGCAAUUCCGACCGCUCUCAUUCUGAUGAAUUAGCUGACGAAGCCAGUGACAUCUUGUCGGCUAUCAGUAAUGAAGAAUGUAGCGUAGCUUCGGAAAUUUUCGAUGCUUCCGAAAAUCACUUACAACAGCAAAUGCCUUUGGGCGACCUAUUGCAGGUGAGUAAGAAACUGGAAUCGACCGCUUUUACGCAUAUCGAUUCGCCUGAAACCAGUGAUGAAACUGAAGCAAUGCCCGGUGAAAGUCUCAUGGAUGAUAUUAGUUCCGUGUUAGGUCAUGAUAUUACAUCGGCGUUACAAGAUAGUAUAAUCACUGAUGAUACGGUUACCUUAUGCUCGGAUACAAUAGCGGGUCCGUUAACCCCGAAGCCGGCGAGACACAAAAAACUGUCAGUUAACCUGGUAGCGCAGCCCAAAAGACGUAAUUCUUCACCGCCUCGUCGAACGGUGCAUAUAGAUCGCACAAAUAGUGAUGAUAAUCCGCAACAAUUCGGAUUUGAAAACAUUGUUUUCGAAAUAGACAAUCGCUGUGAUGAUCAGAAAAUUCGUGAACCCACACGAUAUUGCUCUUUAGCUCAAUUCGUCGAAGGCAAUGACAUAGCCCGACAAAGCUUUAAACGCCCUAAAAAACGCACUUCUUUGAAACAAAUUAAAUCAACUACAACCAGCACCACCUCCACCAAAGAACCAUCACAAUUAGUAAUGGAUAACCCAAAUACCUCUACUACAACCCCCAGUACAAGUACAACCGUCACAUCAACAACAACAACUACGACCAGCGGCCAACAAUCGGAAGAUGAACAAUCAACAAUAACAGCUGUAAAGGUGGAAAUACCUGAGAUAGCCGUGAUCAAUACGUCUAAUUCCUGUUUGAAGAAUUCGUCUACAAAGAGUUCAGGAGUCUCCCCGAAACGUUACGGUCCCGGACAAGAUGUAAAGCGCAUUACUUUUGAUGACUCGUGUAAAAAAGAAUCGUUUGAUGAUGUAAAUCCCAACCAUCCACAGAUUAGUGUUAUUGUUCGGCCACCCACACCACUUAGAGGCGACGCCAUACGUCCGCUAGAGACAGACUAUAGCAGCAAUUUACUAAUGGCUCGUCUAACAAGCGGAGAAAUACGCAGGCACUCCAGUCACACGCCAACUGUAACAGCGCGAGAAUACGAUAAGGACAAGGAUCGUCGUUAUUCCGGCUAUAAUCCCAAUUACUUAAGUCUAGAUCGAGAGCAUUCAAGAUUUUUAAGUUCUUCACCAGCCGCUAGUCGUAGAAUAAGCUGCGGCAGUUUAUUUAAGCCCAACGAAGCUCUACCGCCAAAUAUGCAAAAUUUCAAGGGAUCUAGAGCCAGUUUACUUGGGUCGACUCUUUUCAAUUUUGAUCAUUUCGGUUUGGGUACGGAUAAAACGGGUGAUGACAAAGAUAAAGAUAAAAAAGACAAAGAGAAGACACCUACUGAAGAGAAUAAAAAAUUACCCAUUAUUAAUCCUUUGGUGAAGUUACCCAACUGGCCCAAUCUUACCGGGGGUUCAGGAUUCAUUUCGAAGUGUUUAUUAGCCAAUGCUGAUACACUGUGUGCGGCUGUUAGUCCUCUGAUGGAUCCAGACGAAACUUUAUUGGCCGGUUAUCAUGAGAAAUGCGUAAUGAAUAAUUAUUUUGGUAUUGGUAUCGAUGCAAAAAUCUCUUUAGAUUUCCAUAACAAACGUGAAGAGCAUCCUGAAAAGUGUCGAUCUAGAGCAAAGAAUUACAUGUGGUACGGGGUAUUGGGUUCCAAACAAUUACUACAAAAGACUUGUAAAAAUCUCGAACAACGAGUUCAGUUGGAAUGUGACGGUCAACGUAUACCUUUACCUUCGCUUCAGGGCAUAGUUAUACUUAACAUACCCAGCUUUAUGGGUGGAACCAAUUUUUGGGGGAAUACAAAAAAAGAUGACAUCUUUUUAACGCCCAGUUUUGAUGAUCGCAUUUUAGAAGUGGUGGCCGUUUUUGGUUCGGUGCAAAUGGCCGCUUCACGUUUGAUUAAUUUACAGCAUCAUCGUAUAGCUCAGUGCCAAAGUGUACAAAUCAAUAUCUUGGGUGAUGAAGAGAUUCCCAUACAAGUUGACGGUGAGGCUUGGCUUCAACCACCUGGUAUGAUACGGAUUUUGCAUAAGAAUCGUGUACAAAUGCUAUGUCGUAAUCGACAUUUGGAAGUUUCUCUUAAGAGUUGGCAAGAGAAACAACGUCAACAUAGCAUAUCCAUACAACGAGAACAAUCGUCGAAUGCCUCCGAGCAUGCCGUAUCGACUGAAGAGGUAAUUUCAGAAAGAGAAUGCUACGUAUUACUCAAUUUCAUUGAAGCCGUUAGUUCGCUUGUAAAAUGGGUGAAAUUUUUGAUAAUCUCUCACCCCAAUUUGAGACAUGAUUUGUAUGCAGUUGCUUGUCGAGCUCAAGACGCUCUUGAGAGUAUACAUCCACAUGGUAAACUCUUGGAGGGUCCCUCGUUGCGCACUAAAUUAGUCGAAGUUAUUGAUUCAUCGCGUCAGCUAUACGAUGAUGCUUGCCAUUUAUUACGCGAUCGCGGUCACAGCUUAAUAUUACGUGAAGACUUGGAAACUAAAUUAAGUGCUGCCUUAGCUAAUAUGGAAAUGGAAUUGAAAAAAUGUUCAGUUCAAAAGUGCGUUGAUGGCAAAUUGAGGGCAUAUUUCAAUGUCUUGGCACCCAAUGAGGAGGGCGAUGGACGUCGUAAAUCAAAAGCUUUCUGGACACGUUUACGUUCGGGAUCGAUGGUUGGCGGUCAACAGCAACUUAAACCUGGUUUGACAAACACUCGCGAAGCCGUUAGCAAUUGGAGUGUCAAUGAAGUUGUAACGUGGUUGGAAACAAUGCAACUAUCGGAAUAUGUUGAUAGUUUCCUUAAAAAUGAUAUACGCGGUAAGGAAUUAUUAACUUUAGGGCGUAGAGAUCUAAAAGAUUUGGGUGUUAUUAAAGUCGGUCAUGUUAAGCGAAUAUUGCAAGCGAUUAAAGAUAUGAAUGAAAAUUGAGUGAAAAUUGCACAUAAAAGAAACUGAUAAGCUAAAAACAAUCACAAAUUUCUUUUCGAAAAUCAUUAAAAAUUAAUCAUUAAUUUUUAAAGUAAUUAAUACUUUUAAACAAAACCAAAAAGAAAAAUCGAUGUUAAUUAUAUGCCCUAUGCGUUAAAAACCCCUGUCACUUUUGCAACAAUUUAAAGAGAAGCGGAAAUUUAACGCGAGUUUCCUUAAAACAAAAGAGAACACUCUUAAGUUAAAUAAGUGAAUGUAGUUUUCUCCUUUUAAUGUCUGUUUUUUUUUUUUUUUUUGUUAGAUUUAAAAUUUUUCUCCCAAUAUUUUAUGCAUUUAACAAUGAAUUCUUUUAUAAAUUAAUCCAAGAUGUAACUGAGUAAAUAAUCACAAGAGAUUUUUGCCGAAACGCUUAUAAAAACCUCAAAAACAAAUCCAAAAUAUUCUAAAGCAAAACAAAAAAAAAAAAAAGCAAUGAAAACAUAAUUUUUUCUUCCCCAUAAUUCUUAAUUAAGUCUUUUGUAGUAAUAGUAGUAGUUUAUAUAUAUAUAUGUAUACAUAUAUAUAUAUAUUAAAAGAAAAAAAUGUAAAA